AUGUGCCGGCGCCUGGACAUCAAGAAGACGCGGACCACCCCUCUGCACCCUCAGAGCAACGGACUGGUGGAGAGGUUCAACAGCAUGCUGGCCGUGCAGCUGGCUGUCACCACCAUGUCUCCUUUAAUGUUCUGUGUAUUGUACGGUCAGCAGCAACAAGGGCAGCCCGAUCAGAGCCAGGCCAAGCCUAAGAGGAAACGCAGUGGUUCAGAUUCCAAGUCAGGCAAACCCCGGCGAGCCCGGACAGCCUUCACCUACGAACAGCUAGUAGCUCUGGAGAAUAAAUUCAAGUCCACCCGCUAUCUGUCCGUCUGCGAGAGGCUGAAUCUGGCUCUUUCACUCAGUCUGACGGAGACACAGGUGAAAAUCUGGUUCCAGAACCGCCGGACCAAGUGGAAGAAGCAAAACCCUGGCGCAGAUACCAGCGCCCCGACAGGGGGCGGUGGCGGAGGAGGACCAGGGAGCGGGCUUAGCGGUGGUUUGAGUCAACUGAGCCCUUCUCCUCCAAUAGGAGGCCAGCUGUCAAUGCACACCGGUUACCCGGGUCACGGACCAGGCGGGCUGGUCUGCACUGCCCAGUUGCCCUUCCUGUCAAGCCACGCAGUCCUGUCCCCUUUUGUUUUGGGAUCACAAGCUUACGGGGCGCCGGCGUUUUAUACUUCGCACUUGUAA